CCUUUUCAAAUAUUAGUUGGAAGUCAUUCAUAAGGAUCACACGUGCAGAGAAAUUUUCGCGAAAAUUCCCUCUAAUUGGUUUGUUGGCUCAUUAAUAGAUAAUAAUAAGAAGGAAAUUGUCUUAUUUGAAAAACAAAAUUUGAUCAAUAAACACAAGAAAAAUGUCCGCCAUUAAGAGAAUCAUUCCCAUGUUGGAUCGUGUCUUGGUUAAACGUGCUGAGACUUUGACCACCACCAAGGGCGGUAUUGUUUUGCCCGAGAAAGCACAAGGAAAAAUGAUGGAAGGAACAGUCAUUGCUGUGGGGCCUGGUGCCAGAAAUGCUCAAACUGGUGCCCACAUCACUCCUGGCGUUAAAGAAGGUGACCGCAUCUUGUUGCCUGAAUUUGGUGGCACCAAAGUAGAAAUGGAAGACAAAAAGGAAUACCUUCUUUUCCGCGAAUCUGAUAUAUUGGCCAAAUUGGAAUAGAUUUGGUAGACUUCCAAGAACAAGCAUUUUGUACAUUUAAUUUUAAUUUUAUGUAAUCAUCUCCUUAUUUUGAGUCUACUCCUUCUAUAUUUUUAUGAGAGGGGGUAUGCUACACAACAUAUAGUUUGUAAAUUCUAUUUUCAUAUAUACAAGUGUUAUGACAGACUACAUGGGAACCCUGGGAAAUUGUUAUCCUUUGAAGUCCAGGCUUCAUGUGAACUGUUUUUGUAUGAUAAAAAUAAUUUUUAUUGUCUGAGGAAUAAAACGGUUUUACGCUUUAUUUGUUUAAAAAACA